AGAUAUCGUCACCACAGCGCAUAUCAAUAUACAUAUAUAUAAUUAAUAAAUUCGGAACAGGCGGUUGCUUUCGCCAUGCAGUCCCCCAACAAAGUAGACGAGGAAACGCUGCAGGCGCUUCUUUUGCACCUCGGCCCCGAGAAGCCCGUCGCCGGUGCGCAAGACCCAUCCGCGGCGGAGACCAUAACGACGAAGCCGAGCGAAGGACUUGGACCAGCGGCCUCCCCUGAACGGCCAGCCGACCGACUCAGCGGCACGCUGUUGAGCGGCAACCUAGCACAGGGAUUCGCCCGCCCCUUUGCCGGCGGGGACGCCGAGGACGUUCCGGACUACGCCCUGCCGGAUGCGCAGUACAUCGAACGCACCAUCCUACCGCUGCUGCUGCGAGGACUGGAGGAGGUCGCGCUGACUCGCCCGCCAGACCCGCUCGCGUUCCUCGGUGCCUACUUGAUCAGCAACAACCCACAAAGACCGACGGCGGCCUCGGCAGCACCCGUCGGCGCGCUGCCAACAAUCUCGACGAGCAGCAAUGCCACACAGGACGGUGCGAGGGACGGCGCCCAUCGCGGCUCCCCGACGCAAGUACUCACACAGCAGCAACAGCAGCAGCAGCAGCAACCGUCAUCGUCUCCGUUUUUACCCACAAAUCAGCCCGCACUGGCGGAGGCGGUGCAACGCGCAGCAGAGCGCUUUGCGCCGUAUGUGAAAGGGUCGCCUGCAACGGCUUAA